GGCAGCGGGAGCAGAGCGCUGCUCCGCCGGAGAAAGUGUAUUCGCACGGUUCGACUGUCGCCUCGAGAAUCGCUUUUCUGGAAGGGGUGAAGGCGCCAAAGUGCGGGCCGAAGAUUACUACUGCCUGUUCUUGCCCAUUUCAUUUGGGGAAUUCGCGUUUAUUAUAUUUUUUAAAAUAAAACUUCUUUUAGUGUUUCGGGAAACUGCUCUUUUGUAUUUCGUUUGUAAAUUAUUACCCACUCCUUGAAAUUGGUCGUCAAGCAGCCUUCGGGAGAGAGACCAUAGGCGCAAACCAAACAAAGCGGAUUCAGCCCUGCGUCCUCAGUCCUCACCGGCAGAAAGGUGUGCGUUUUGUCAGCCGUUAAGAAGUUUGUUUUCUGUGUCAGCUGAGGGAAACAAGGAAGUAGAGAAAUGAAUUUUUUCUACCUGAGAUUAUAAACCUUUGAUCUGCUUUCAUUGCGUGUUAAUAACACUAUAUUGACUAAUACUUAGGAAGAAAGAGGUCAGAGGCCAGAGUGAAUGGACUGCUAUCUUAAACAAGCCAAAAAUCUGUUGUAACCUUUAUUUAAUACUAUUUAAAUGAAGAAAGAUAAAAGAAAGUCCAGAAUUCCAACUGACAAUGAUACUAUUCAGACAUUGGUGAAUAUGUCACUCAAUCCAAGUCGACCUUCUUCAUCAGAGUUGGUGGAACUUCAUGUUUUUUAUGUCCCUGAGGGAUCAUGGAACUACAAGUUAAAUACCAUUUCAAUAGACGUUGUUAACAAAUUCAUUUCAGCUGGAUUUAUAAGAGUAUCACCUCAACUUACUUUACAAGCACUAAGGGAGCGUCUUGGUGAGUUCCUUGGUGAAGAUGCUGUUGCAGAUAAAUUUUUAUUUCUGAAAUGCAUUGGAAAUAAUUUAGCUGUGGUAAAGGAAAAGCAGGAGUCAGAACUGAAACUCAAAUCAUUUGUUCCUCCAUAUGCUCUUCAGCCAGAAUUAUAUUUGCUUCCUAUAGUAGACCAUUUAGGAAAUGUUUAUUCAGCAUCAUCAACAGUUACUUUAGAUGAGCGGCAGACUAAUAAUGGUAUUGCGGAGGCUGAUGGAACAAUCCAGGGACCAGUUAAUGUAGCUUUGUCAAAAGAAGAACCUGGAAAAGAUCCCAGUUUGUUAGAAAACACUUUGAAAGAACUUCUUAACAAGAAUCAGGAAGAAGCUGGGAGAAAAGCUACUCCAAAAGAAAACCAGGUUGCAAAAAGUGAAAUUGGAAAUUCUGAGUUGCCACAACCAUUGGAAGAUGCAAAUAAUAGUUAUUUUAACAACAAAAAAAGUCAGUUUCUUGGGAAAAAUGAAGAUGACAUAGCUGUCAAUAGAAGACAGAAUAAACAGACAAAUGAAAAAGAGUGUGUCACCCUACCAGAUCUUAUUGAUUUUCCUUCUCUUCCUUGUCAACCUGUCCUUUCUUCAGGAAUGACUGAUCUCUCUUUAUUACAGAUUGAAAGAAAGAAGAUUAUUGAACAAAUGAAACAAGUAAAGGAAGAAAGAACAUAUCUGGAAGGUAUUAGAGAAGAACUCAUUAAAAAAGCUGAAAAGCUAUUUGAACAAAGCAAACUGAAGCGAUGUUAUGCCUAUGAUGGUUGGAAGAAAAAAUACUAUGAAACAAAGAAAGUCACAGCAUCAUUGGAGGAGGUUUUAACAAAACUUCGAGAAGAUUUGGAACUUUACUAUAAAAAAUUGCUUAUGCAACUUGAAGCUAGGGAGAUCAAGAUGAGACCAAAGAAUCUGGCAAAUAUUACAGACUCUAAGAAUUACCUUAUAAUCCAGAUCACUGAGGUACAGCAUGCAAUUGACCAACUUAAGAGAAAAUUGGAUACUGACAAAAUGAAACUUAUAAUAGAAGUUAAGAUGAGAAAACAGGCAGUUUCAGAUUUACGAACGUUGAAAGCUGAACUGGCCCAGAAGAAAAUUAACACAUCUUUACAAUCUCAAUUAGACAUUUUCCAUGAACUGUUUGAAGACACCUUGUACAUCUGAAUCACUUGUGGAGCUUUUAGAAAUACAGCUUCCAGGACCAGCAGGUGGUGUAGUGAACUUCCACUUGGCCAACCGUGAUUUGAGUCCCAGACCUGUUCCUGGAAGUGUGCCUAGCUAGGAACUCAACAGAUUAUUUUGUUUAUGAUGAAUCAGCCAAAUCAAAAGGGAGCAUUGGCUGCUGCAAUACAUUCUGACCAGACCUGGCUUUGUUCAUCGUAAGACAUCACAAAGAGAAAGUCACAA